UCUCCGUGGCACCACUGAGUUGCUCCCCGUCCCGUCUCCGUCUUUCCUAGAAGGCUCCUUGAGCAGCCCAAGGUGUCAGGGUGACGACAGCGCCCCUAGCGAGGGCUGGCUGGGAGCCUUCACACACCACACAUCAUCAGUGGGAGCCGGAGCGGGAGCACAGAAGAGUGGGCUGCGACCAUGAGGGGUCGCUAGAACACGCAGCCAGACGCAGAGGGGGCCCCUGGGAUCAGCCUGGAGGCCCAGAGAGCCCAGCAGCAGGCCAGCAGAGAGCAGCCAGGUGGAGCGGAACCAGCCUGUGGGGGCGCACUCCGAGGCCAGCAUGCCCAGGACCAGACAGGGCAGCCGUCGAGGGUCGUCGUCGUCGUCCUCGUCGUCGUCUCGCCGCUCCCGCACCUCCAGAGCCGAGCUGACCUUCUCUGUGAGCCUGGUGGAACACCAUCUUCGGGAGAGCGGCCAUGCCCGGCGGCUGAGCGAAACGGUGCCCAUCUUGCUGACUGCCAUCCUGGAGUUCCUGACCCGCAGGCUGCUGGAGCUGGCAGGCAAUGAGGCCCAACGCCGAGGCGCACAGAGGCUCAUCACUCCGGAGCUGCUGGACGUGACUGUCUACAACAACACGCUGCUCAGCGAACUGUUCCAAUUCGUCACCAUCUCCCAGGUGGCCCCGGCUGGUCGCCCUCCUCGUGGGCAUGGCCGUCAACGCUAGCUCCUACCUGCUGCUCGUGCUGCCGCUGGCUGGCUCUGGGUUGCUGACCCGCCCA